AUGAAUGCUAUGAUACUAUUAUUAAAAAAGCCAUUUAAAAAUUCUUUAAGUUAUGCACAAAACUACUUUGUAAAAAGAUUCUCGCAGUAUAACCACGAAGAGCGACUGUUUACAAAUUUACACAGGAAGGAGAGACGAUCGAUCAAAGAUGCCUUAGAUGAACAAACAAGAUUUGAAAUUACAAAGAUUCUUAAAAAAGAUCCAAUUGACAUUAUAAAAACUAUAGAAAAGUCGCGUCUGAGAGGCAAAAGCUCAGGAAUGCCUACGUUUCUGAAAAUGUUGGAUGUUAGAGAUGAAAUGGCCAAGGACAGCAAUAUCGAAAACAAACGUAAAACAAGUGUUGUCGUCAUCAAUGCAGCCGAAAACGAACCCGGGACUUUUAAAGAUAGAAUGCUGUUGUCUUAUGAACCGUUGAAGAUCAUUGAAGGAGCAUUGAUUGCUUCUAGUGCAGUAGACUCCACCCUUUGCUACAUAUAUACCCGAAAAGAUUACUACGCAGAAAUGAUUAACUUACAAAAAUCAAUAGUACAAUGUUAUGGAAGCAAACUAUUAGGAAGAAAUAUCCUUGGAACCAAUACAAAACUGGAUAUUCUUGUUCAUCCAGGUGCAGGUACUUAUAUCACCAGUGAAGAGUCCGCUUUAUUAGAAUCUCUCGAAGGUCGUUUUCCGAUCGCAAUGCAACUGCCUCAGCCCGUAAGUGCAAAGGGUUUAUUUGGAUUACCGACUCUUAUGCUGAAUGUGGAGACAGCAGCCAAUUUAUCUGAUAUCAUGAAGAGAGAAAUAUCGAAUAAGGAAGUUGAAAAUAAUUAUGAAACCAAGCUGUUUUGCAUCUCGGGAGAUGUGAACAAUCCAGGUAUAACAGAGGGGAAGUUAUCUUGUAGCUUGAAAGAACUCAUCGAAACACACACAGGGGGUGUGAAAGAUGGAUGGGACUCAUUGGUCGGCGUAUAUGCUGGGGGUCCAGCUUCAGGCAUUUUAAAUAAGGAACAGUGUGAACGGACGACUAUGGAUUACCAGACUUUGGAAGCACUUGGCUGCAAUCUUAAGAAUGGAUCACUUAUUGUGCUAAAUAACCAGGAUCAUGUUGUUGAUAGCCUUCUCAACUUCUUUAGGUUCUACUCCAAAGAAACUUGUCAUAUUUGUCCCGUUUGUCGUCCAGGAAUUGAAGAUGUUGAGGAUGUAUUGACUGAUUUACAACAUGGAACAGCGAAUUUUGGUGAAAUACAAAAUAUACUUUCACGUUUUCAACAACCUAUGCAAGAAGGUAUAGUUUGCGGUUUUGCUGAUAAUUUUCGACGCCCAUUUCUAACUUAUGUAAACAACUUUCAGCACGACCUCGUCCGACGAACACGAUGA